GGGGGGUCCCAUUUUUUUUUUUUUUUUUUUUUUUUUUGGCUCAAUGAGAGCAAGAGGGCACCGGAGAGGAUUUCCUAAUCUCAACGUGCAGCCGAGCCGUGCGCCUGUUUUUCUCUCGCCUGUGUCAAAGUGAAGGCUGAUAUGAUGACAUCCCUUGGAAAACUGGAUCCCGGACAGCGCUGACAACCUUCUUAUCUUAUUUGAAUCUGAGGGAAAUACAAUGUUUAACUCCCCAAAGUUCCUAACCACCUGUUAAGAGCGAGGACACUGAGAGCUGCACCGUCAUGGCUUCAGAUCAGCCCAGCGUGGACUGUUCGGAGAAGAGAUUUGCAGAAGCCGCUGGCUGCAAGCAGCUGGGACGGAAAUAUUUGCGGAAAAAGCUCCGGCCUGUUCGGGUUUUGGGGUUGGUCUUCAGCCUGGUGGCUUUAAGUGCCGUCUCCGUCAGUGCCUUGAGCAGGAGAUCAGAUGGGCUCAGCGAGCCAUCGCUCCCUCAGGUGGAUCUUCAGCAGUCAGCCCCACACAGGACCCUCCUUUCCACUCCACACCAGGGGGACCCAAAUGUGUUCGUUGACAUGCCCAUAGCCAUGAAGUCCACAGCAGAUGACAAUGAGACGCAGGGGGAGUACCCACAGGACCUUUUUAGCCUGGAGGAGAGGCGACAAGGAGCAGUGGUCCUCCAUAUGUUUGGCAUGAUCUACAUGUUCAUUGCCUUAGCCAUCGUGUGCGACGAGUUUUUUGUUCCAGCGCUGACGGUAAUCACAGAGAAGCUCUCCAUCUCAGAUGACGUGGCAGGUGCCACUUUCAUGGCGGCCGGCGGUUCGGCCCCGGAGCUCUUCACCUCCAUCAUCGGAGUCUUCAUCUCUCACAGCAACGUGGGCAUAGGCACCAUUGUAGGCUCGGCCGUCUUCAACAUCCUGUUCGUCAUCGGGAUGUGCGCCAUCUUCUCCAAGGAGAUCCUCAACCUGACGUGGUGGCCGCUCUUCCGCGACGUGUCUUUCUACAUCCUGGAUCUGAUCAUGCUCAUCAUCUUCUUCUUGGAUAACAUCAUCACCAUCUGGGAAAGUCUCACACUGCUCUCCGCCUACGCUGCCUAUGUGAUCUUCAUGAAGUUCAACAGCACGGUGGAGGGCUUCGUCAAGGGUUGCAUGCACAAGAACCAAGUGGUGGAAGUAGAGGUACAACCCAAGGAUGAGAAGUUGAGCCCCGGGGCGCCAGACGACGAUGGCAAGUUGUCGGCCAGGCCUCGCCUGCAAAGGGGAGGCAGCUCUGCUUCUCUGCACAACAGUUUGAUGAGAAACAGCAUUUUCCAACUGAUGAUUCACACACUGGACCCUUUAAGUGAAGAAUUUGCUGACUCUGAGCUUGGGACUUAUGGGAAACUAAAAUAUUAUCACUCAAUGACUGAGGAAGGUAAAUUUCGCGAGAAGGCGUCUAUCCUUCACAAGAUCGCUAAAAAGAAAUGCCAAGUGGAGGACAGCGAGAAAGCCAACGGAGUAGCAAGCCGUGCAGAAAAGAAUCUUCCAAACAGCUCCAGCGUGGAAGUGGAGGUGACCCCACCUAUGAACGGAACAGCAGGGCAAGAGGGAGAGACGGCUGAAGAUGAGGAAGAGGAGGACCAGCCUCUGAGCCUGUCCUGGCCCGAAUCCAACCGCAAGCGCUUCACCUACCUCUUUAUCAUACCCAUCGUCCUCCCCCUGUGGCUGACUCUUCCCGACGUCAGGAAAACGUCGUCAAAAAAGUUCUUCCCCGUUACAUUCUUGGGGGCCAUCUCCUGGAUUGCGGGAUUCUCCUACCUAAUGGUGUGGUGGGCUCACCAGGUUGGCGAGACCAUCGGGAUUACAGAGGAGAUUAUGGGUCUGACUAUAUUAGCAGCUGGAACCUCUAUCCCCGACCUCAUCACCAGUGUCAUCGUGGCACGCAAGGGGCUGGGCGACAUGGCCGUAUCCAGCUCUGUGGGCUCCAACAUCUUCGACAUCACUGUUGGACUGCCGUUUCCCUGGCUACUGUGGUCCAUGUUCCGCGGCUUCAUCCCGGUGCAGGUCAGCUCCAACGGCCUCUUCUGCGCCAUCGUGCUCCUCUUCCUCAUGCUCCUCUUCGUCAUCAUCUCCAUCGCUGCGUGCAAGUGGCGCAUGAGCAAGCUCCUGGGCUUCAUCAUGUUCAUGCUGUACUUCGUCUUCCUGGUUGUCAGCGUCAUGCUGGAGGACAGGGUGAUCAGCUGCCCCGUGUCCAUCUGAUAGGCCCGUCAGAGGGAGGUGGUGGGGGGCGGGGGGUGCCCUCUCCUCCUCACCCACCUCGUCACCAUCCAACAACAAAC